GAAGGAGGAUGCGCACUAUUUGUCGACGCGCACUGACAUUGUUCUAGAGUGCUCCACGAUCAGGGCCAUCUUUGGUCGUCCUCGCCGGUGACAGUGUGGACAGUGGAUUGCAUUUGGUCAUUAAAGCCUAAUGAUUAAUAAAUAAUAUACUUUUUCUUUAAACGCGCCGGUUUGCAGCACUUUGAGAGACAAGGGGAGACCAGAGCAACCCGCGACCCGGUUUAUUUUCUGUGGACUCACUGAGGCUGUUCUUCCCUUCAACACCCUUCAUUUUCUUUAAAGCAAAAAAAAAAGAAAAAAAAAAGAGGGCGAGACGGGAGAGGCGGUGAUACAACAUGGAUGAGGAAUAUGAUGUGAUCGUUUUGGGCACCGGACUCACAGAAUGCAUUCUGUCCGGGAUCAUGUCUGUGAAUGGGAAAAAGGUCCUGCACAUGGACAGGAACCCUUACUAUGGAGGCGAGAGCUCUUCCAUCACCCCUCUGGAGGAGCUGUACAAGCGCUUCAAUCUUCCAGACACUCCGCCCGAGUCCAUGGGCAGAGGAAGGGACUGGAACGUUGACCUCAUCCCCAAGUUUCUCAUGGCCAAUGGUCAGCUUGUGAAGAUGCUGCUAUACACAGAGGUGACACGAUACCUGGACUUUAAGGUAGUGGAGGGAAGCUUUGUCUACAAAGGAGGAAAGAUCUACAAGGUGCCGUCGACCGAGACUGAGGCGCUAGCUUCAAAUCUGAUGGGAAUGUUUGAGAAGCGAAGGUUUCGGAAGUUCUUAGUCUUUGUGGCCAACUUCGAUGAGAAUGACCCCAAGACCUUUGAGGGCGUGGACCCCAAAACCACAACGAUGAGGGAUGUUUACAAGAAGUUUGACCUCGGCCAGGAUGUCAUUGACUUCACCGGCCACGCCCUGGCCCUCUACAGGACAGAUGACUAUCUUGAUGUCCCCUGUUUGGAGACAGUCAAUCGUAUCAAGCUGUACAGCGAGUCUCUGGCUCGAUAUGGGAAGAGCCCCUACCUCUACCCCCUGUAUGGUCUGGGAGAGCUGCCGCAGGGAUUUGCCAGAUUGAGUGCAAUCUACGGAGGUACCUACAUGCUGAACAAACCAGUGGAUGAGAUUGUGAUGGAAGGUGGCCAUGUGGUUGGAGUGAAGUCUGAGGGCGAGGUGGCUCGUUGUAAGCAGCUCAUCUGCGACCCCAGCUACAUCCCAGACCGCGUCCGUAAGGCCGGUCAGGUGAUCCGCGUGAUCUGCGUCCUCAGCCACCCCAUCAAAAACACCAACGACGCCAACUCCUGCCAGAUCAUCAUUCCUCAGAAUCAGGUUAACCGCAACUCAGACAUCUACGUGUGCAUGAUCUCCUAUGCUCACAACGUGGCAGCCCAGGGGAAGUACAUUGCCAUCGUCAGCACCACAGUGGAAACCAGCGAGCCCGAGGCUGAGAUCGAGCCGGCUCUGGAGCUGCUCGAGCCCAUCGACCAAAAGUUUGUGGCUAUUAGUGACCUUUAUGAGCCCACGGAUGACGGUACUGAGAGCCAGGUCUUCGCCUCAAGGUCCUACGAUGCCACCACUCACUUCGAGACCACUUGCAACGACAUCAAGGACAUCUACAAACGUAUGACCGGGAGCGACUUUGACUUUGAGAACAUGAAGCGCAAACAGAACGAUGUGUUUGGGGAGGAUGAGCAGUGAGCGGGUUAGAGAGGGGGCUUCCGAGAGAGGGCGGGGCUGGGAGAGGAGGCGGGGGUGAAAAAGGGGCAAAAGAGGCGGCGGCGGCGGCAGAGCCUGCGGUAGAGGUCAACGGGCUGUCCUGAGCAGUCCUUUAAAAAAACUAAACAACACAAGCAGGUGGGGGAGUGUGUGUGCCGUGGCGGAGAGAGGCCUGCCUGCCCCUCGGCCGUUUGCCUCCUUUUCCUUACGUCCCUCUCUCUCUUGACACGUUAAAAAAAAAACACAUAAACGCUCACAAAACACACAAAUACACACACACACACACUGUUCAAAUACUCACACUCCUUCUCUCUGUCACCGAAAAGCAGGGUUGAUACGGCCUCUCAUUCCAUUGUAGAAAUUUACAGUAUAAUCAUGUCUUAACUAUUAUCAUUAGAGGUGAAUUUAUUACUUGUCGUCGGCGAUUUUCAAAGCAUCUCAUCCUUUUCUGUGACGUCUCGUAUCAGAGGUCGGGUGGACGGAAGAUCGAUGAGCUCUGACAUGAGAGAUCUGUAAUGGCUUAGUGUAGAAUCCUCUGGAUGGGUCGCCUCCAGUUGACAUGCAUGCAUCUUUUACACACAGUAGUAUUGUACAUAGACUUCAAAAAGACACUGCUGUAUGAAGGCUGGACCAUUCCCACGUAUCGCUCCUGUCAACCCUGCUUUCACUUUUCUCUUACUUGGUCUUUUACCUGUGUUAACUUCAACAACAACAAAAAAAAACAAAGAAAAAAAAAAAAAAAAAAAAAAAAACCCCGCCCUGUUUUUUUUUUUUUUUUUUUUGGCAAAAAUCUGUUGGUCGGGCAAAACAAUGUGAUGACAAAUUACAUAUAAAUGGGCUGUUCUGUCACUUUGCAAUGCUGUUGUGUUCCCUGGCAAAGCUAACCAGUGGCUAUUAACUGUCUCCUCCCUCCCUCCCUCCUUCACCCCCCCCACACAUCCGAAAAAAAAAAAAAAUCUUCGUUUAUCUCUGUUGUGUGAUGUCGAUUUUUUUUUUUUUGAAUUUGAGUAGUUUACUUUCUAACAUUUUAAAUUAUUGAAGAGUUUUAUUUCUAUAUACUCGGUGCACAUUUCACUGGCUGAAGUUAUGAAGUUUACAGAUCUGUGGUUUGAAAAAAACAAAAACAAACUGUGGUCUUCAAAAGUUUGAACAUUGAAUUUAAAAAGGGAAUGUCAAGGAGAGGACUUUUCUAGUGUCAGGGCGAGGUUUUCUAAGGCGAAGUGUUCGGGAACGAUUGAUGAGAUGAUGAUGGAAGACGGAGCUGAUAAUCGUUGAGAUGCGAGGAAGUGUGCCACGGGGGUAAACGAAUGUAUGCAGGGGAGGAAUGUUUUGAGAUUGGACGUUUUGGAAAGUUUCACUUUUGAGUGAAGACGAGUGAAGACUGAAAUUUCGGCUCAUAGUGAAAAGCACCAGGUUGUGUCUCGGUUGUUUCAACCCUUGUGUAUGUCGUUUAGAUAAGUCACUCCCUUAGGGACUAAACCCUAUGAAAAAAUAGUUGUUAAUAGAGGGGAAAGCUGGAUACACUCCCAUAACUUUAAAUGACUUUGUAGCAUAGUGAAAGGUAUGAAGCCACAGUUCUAGGUGCCGCCCCACGAGAAAGAACCAAGAAGCUUUUUCAUUUUUGUUUUUGGUUUUAGCCUUAAUUUGGGGUUAAAUAUUCGGGCCCUUUAAGAAAAAUCAGCUUCGUUUAAACUAACCGUUAGUGGAAGGUCAGUCUUGUGCCAAAAAUGGUGUUGCUGUUAUUGGCAAAAACUCGCUGACGACGUUUGGUAGCUCGUAUGUUGCUCUGCAGAUCUGACUUGAAUACUAUAGAGAAGGGAUAUUGUUUUCUCCCACGGCGGGGGCUGUCAUUGUACACCUGAGGCAGUUCCUCAUAUCUCUGCAGUGCACACACUCGACUCUUUCACAGCCAGAUUUGAUCUGCGGCUCGGCGACGACAGGCGGAUGAGCCGCUCUCAUCGUUUUCACUUUAUCCACCAGGACAAAUCCCUUAACAACUCUAAACAAAGUCAUCGCGUGUUUGGGGUGUUGACGUGUCUUCUUGUUAUGCUCUUUAUUUAUUUGAAUUUCACUGACGUAUAUUGUGGAACGGUUUAUGUCAAAUGCUGAAUAUGCUAUGCUAUUAGUUUAUGCUCUGAUGAUAAAAUGGGUUUCGUUUUUCUUUCGUUCUUU